AUGGAGAAGAAAGACUGGAGCGCAGCCCAAUAUCUGAAGUUUGAAGCCGAGCGAACUCGACCGGCCAGGGACCUCCUUGCCCAGGUGCCCCUGACGAACCCCAAUCGGGUCGUCGACCUGGGUUGUGGGCCUGGUAAUUCGACAGAGGUGCUCUGGAAGCAAUUCCCCCAGGCUCACGUCGUCGGUCUCGACUCGUCCCCCGACAUGGUUGAAAAGGCCCGAAAGAGACUGCCUGAUCUCGAAUUUAUCUUAGGCGACGUGAGUUCAUUCAAGCAGGCGGAAUCCGCCGACUUGCUUUACUCCAAUGCCGUGUAUCAGUGGCUUCCGCACGACAAGCGAAUCCCAACAUUCAUCGACCUGAUCAAAACCCUGAAGCCCGGCGGCGUCUUCGCCUUCCAAGUACCGGACAACUUUUCAGAGCCCUCCCAUGUUGCCAUGCGCGAGGUCGCCGACCAUGGUCCGUGGUCUGACACUCUCAGGCGCCUCCAGCCAGCUCGCAAACCAUUUCAGUCACCUCAAGAGCUCUACGAUCAUUUGAAACCCUUUUGUUCAGAUAUCAACAUCUGGCAUACGCAAUACUACCACAUCCUGCAAGACCACAAUGCCAUCGUAGAGUGGGUGAAAGGAACCGGUCUGAGACCUUACGUGGAUCCUCUAUCGGCCCCCGACAGAGAAGCCUUCCUCGCUGGAUAUUUCAAACGAAUAGAGGAAACGUAUCCCCUCCUUGUCGACGGCAAGGUGUGCUUGCGCUAUCCGCGCCUGUUCGUGGUGGCUAUUCGAGCUUGA